AUGCAGUUCUCCGUCGUUGCUCUCUUCGCUACCGGCGCACUCGCCGCUGUCUGCCCUACUGGUAUCUUUUCCAACCCUCUCUGCUGUUCUAUCGACGUUCUCGGCGUUGUUGGUCUCGACUGCAGUUUUCCCAACAACGGCAUCCUUGAUGGCCCGUCCUUCCAAGCCGCCUGUGAUAGUGAGGGCAAACAGCCGCUUUGUUGCGUUGCUCCCGCUGCCGAAGAGGGUAUCCUUUGCCAGAAGCCCGUUGAAACCAUUUAA